CCACAGUAGAGUUUUGAUUUUGUUCCAAGUGUGGUUAGGAGUGACAUGAUCUGAUUUACAUUUUCAAAAAGAUCUCUCCUGGACAGCUGGGUGGAUAAUGGUCUGUGGGGAGUGGAAACUGAAACCAGUUUGGAGGAGAGAAACAUCAGUGGCCUAGAUCACAGCGAUUCGGGAGAAGGUGACCCGAUUUGGGACAUAGCAUGAGCGUGCCUAGGACUGCUGGAGAGCAGAGGAGAAGACUCAGAGCUUGUAGGAUUCUGGCUCGAACACCUCGGUAGUUACUGGGGAAGAGAACAGACGCUCCGCGGCUUCAAAGAAGAAGGCCUUGGAAAAAGUCCCUUCGCCUGCCCGGACUUGGGGACAGUUCAGGUCAGGCAGCUGGAUAGAGACACGCCCAGACCCGCCGCCUGUGCCCGCCAGCGUCGGGAAGCUCCGGGAGCCUGGCGGGAGGCGCGCGCCGCCCCGCACUCCACAUGGCCCGUGGGGGUUUCCGCGUCCUCCGGGCGGGGCCGGAAGAGGAAGUCGGCGCCGCAGCGGCGGCUCCAGCAGCCGCGGCGGCCCCAGUCAAGCGCCGCGGUCCGACCCUGUCCUGCCCGGCCACCGAGGCAGCGCCGCGACGGGCCCCGGAGCCUGCCCCGCUGAGCCCGCACGCGCCGCCGGCGCCCCCCCGUCAGGUCGAUGGGUCGGCAGCCGCCGCUGCCCCCCGCCGCGGCCGCCUUGCUCUGGGGCUUCCUGCUCCCUCUGCUGCUCACGAAGCAAUCCUCCAUGCCUCUGGAAAUGGCACACCUUCACCAUCUAAGGACUACUGCAUGCUAUAUAACCCUCACUGGACAUCUCUUCCAAGUACCCUAGAAAAUGCAACUUCCACUAGUUUGAUGAAUCUGACUACCACACCACUCUGCAACAUUUCUGAUAUUCCUCCUGAUGGAAUAAAGAACAAAGCAGUUGUGGUACAGUGGGGAACCUGCCAUUUUCUGGAAAAAGCCAGAAUUGCACAAACAGGAGGUGCUGAAGCUUUGUUGGUUGCCAAUAACAGUGUCCUAUUUCCUCCCUCAGGGAACAAAUCUGAAUAUCUUGAUGUGAAAAUAUUGAUUGCAUUUAUAAACCACAAAGACUUUAAAGAUAUGAAGCAGACUCUCGGAGAUAACAUUAUUGUGAAAAUGUAUUCUCCAUCGUGGCCUAACUUUGACUAUACUAUGGUGGUUAUUUUUGUAAUUGCUGUAUUCACUGUGGCAUUAGGAGGAUACUGGAGCGGGCUAAUUGAAUUGGAAAACAUGAAGGCAAUGACAAACACUGAAGAUAGAGAAAUGAGGAAAAAGAAGGAAGAAUAUUUUACUUUUAGUCCUCUAACAGUUAUAAUAUUUGUGGUCAUCUGCUGUAUUAUGAUGGUCUUACUUUAUUUCUUCUACAAAUGGUUGGUUUAUGUUAUGAUAGCAAUUUUCUGCAUAGCAUCAGCGAUGAGUCUGUACAACUGUCUUGCUGCACUAGUUCGUAAGAUACAAUGGGGACGAUGCACGAUUACCUGUUGUGGCAAGAGCUUUGAAGUGAGACUUUAUCUUCUCUCUGGACUGUGCAUAGCAGUAGCUGUUGUUUGGGCUGUAUUUCGAAAUGAAGAUAGGUGGGCUUGGAUUUUACAGGAUAUCUUGGGGAUUGCUUUCUGUCUGAAUUUAAUUAAAACACUGAAGUUACCCAACUUCAAGUCAUGUGUGAUACUUCUGGGCCUUCUUCUCCUCUAUGAUGUAUUUUUUGUUUUCAUAACACCAUUCAUCACAAAGAAUGGUGAGAGUAUCAUGGUUGAACUUGCAGCUGGACCUUUUGGAAAUAAUGAAAAGAAUGAUGGAAACUUGGUGGAAGCCACUGCUCAACCAUCAGCUCCCCAUGAGAAAUUACCAGUAGUCAUCAGGGUACCAAAACUGGCCUAUUUCUCAGUAAUGAGUGUGUGUCUCAUGCCAGUUUCAAUAUUGGGUUUUGGAGACAUCAUUGUACCAGGCCUGUUGAUUGCAUACUGUAGAAGAUUUGAUGUUGAGAUUGGUUCUUCUAUAUACUAUGUUUCCUCCACAAUUGCCUAUGCCAUUGGCAUGAUUCUUACCUUUGUUGUUCUGGUGCUGAUGAAAAAGGGGCAACCUGCUCUCCUCUACUUAGUACCUUGCACACUUAUUACUGCCUCACUUGUUGCCUGGAGACGAAAGGAAAUGAAAAAGUUCUGGAAAGGUAGCAGCUAUCAGAUGAUGGACCAUCUGGACUCUGCAACAAAUGAAGAAAACCCUGGGACUGCUGGUGAACAGAUUGUCCAACAAUAAUAUUAUGUGGACGUGCAAUAAUGUGUCGAUUGAUUUUCUACAAAUAGAGUUUGACUUUUUAAAUUGACUUUUGAAUUGACAAUCUGAAAGAAACUUCAAUGAUAUGCUUGCAAAUAUGUAUCUGUAAGAGCUGGUACUGACAAUUACAUGACAAAUAAUUAAAAUACAAUUGCUUUUAACUAUGUUAAAGUUGUGCCUUCACAUUAAAUAAAAGCAUAUGGUCUGUGUAGUUUUCAGGAUGUAUUAUAUAUAGUAUAUUUUUAUAAAAAAAAAACUCUUCACCCACCCCUGUACUUGUCUUACUAAAGUCUGUUUCUUUCAACUCUAAUGAUAGAUAAAAGUAUUUGUCAAAGUGAAUUUCCGAGCAGAUACUACUGUAAAGAAUUAUGCAAACUUUAUGCUCUAUAGAACUAACUGUUUAAGAUCAUUCAAGAAGGCAGUUCAGCAGUGGAAUUUUGGACCUUUUAUCACUGCAGAGGUUAGAAAUACAUGAUUUGGGAAUACAGAUAAAAGUGUAUUUUUGUAGCAUAAGUUUUAAAAAAUCCCAAUCCUUUUUUAAACUUGAGAACCUAAAUUACUUCAGAUUGCAUAUGUUAUAUUAGAAUAUUUUUCCAUUUAUAGAGAAACAUAUAAAACUAGUCAUUUGAAAGGAAACAAAAAUUGAAAUCCACAUUUUUCAGUGGUCUUCUGUUUCCUUGAAGAUGUAGCUUAAAUUUCUAAACUAACCUGUAAUUCCACUGUGGUAUUUCUGAUCUCUGAAGUUUGGAUCUGCUAAUGUUAAGACUUAAUAUUUUGUAAAAAUUAUUUUUCUUAGAAAAUUAUAUAUUAAUACAUAUGACUCAUUGCUUGAGUAUUAACAUCUCUAAUAAUCCCUUCCUCUAUCUGCCGCCCCCUCCCCCAUUCCUACUCCUUUCCCCAUGGGAGACCACUGUUAGCUUUUUAAAAUUUGGGUGAAGCAUGGUUUACUAAUGUACAAACUGUGCUUCAGAGGAAAGAAUUGGAGACAGAAGACAAGAUACUGGGUGUUAGUCUCAAUUUAAUUACAAAAUUUGAGUAAAUUUUAUUAGCUCAAUGCAAUUGUAUCUCAGUUUUCUCUUCUGCAAAAUGAGUUUGUUAGACCAAGUAAUCACUCUGCUACCUUCCAACUUGAAAAAAUUUUCUUUCUUUGUUCAAUCUCAUAUGUGAACUUGAACAUUAUCCUGCGAGUCAUAGGUCAAAUUGUCUGUUUUCUUUUCUCUUAAGAAAUCCCCAAAUGAAAAGUGAUUGCAAAGAUAGCAAGAUUUUGUAUUUCUCUGUAAAUAAUGUAUAAGAUAUGUGAACACAUCUACAAUUUUUCAUUCUAAGGCCAGUUUAACUGAUUAAAAGAUAAAGUUAAUGCCUUUCAAAAAUGGAUCAAACCUUUGAUGUUUGACCUAAGUUUAACAUUUGAGGGAAUUAGAUGCUUUUGAUUCAUUGAUAUCUUCCCAGAUUGUUAAAUUACUGAGUAAUUUACAGAUAUAGAAGCUCCCUUGACAGCCCUUCUUUCUACUUAAUAGACUUAUGGGUCACUUGGUUUAUGACAAAUAAAUGACAAAUAACUAUCUGACAAGUAAGAGUUCAUGAUGAUUUUGCCUCCAUAAUAUCAAGUUUGACUUUUUUCCAAAGAGUCUAAUUUAUUUGGCAGACUCGGAUAGAGAGAAGAACAGAUUAAGUGCCAGGUGAAAGCUCCCAACUAUAUUUUCAUUUAUAAUAUCAAUAAAAUGUUUGCCAAAAAUACAGGUUUCUUAAGUAAAGUUAUCUGCAUUCUUAUUCCAGCUUUAGGAUAUUCAAAAACUUCGACCACAUUUUAUGAAGAAUGCUACAGAAAAUUUUAUACCUAGAAAACUGGAAUUUUAGUUCUUUGAUACAAAUUCUACUUUAUCCAACCACUAGUAAGAAGGUAAAAUCUUGUUCUAGUUUGCUAUUUAAAUCUUACUGAUUAAAUAGAAAAAACAAAAAGUGAAAUUCCUUAAGUUUCUUUGUCUUCAGUGUCAACUUUGUAUUACUUAAUCCUUCUAGCAACUGAACUGAAAAUAUUUAUAAAAAUUACAGUAAAGUGCAGAAAUAUUUUAUUUGGGGAAUCAAAAUAUGAACAGAGGAUAGGAAAGAUGAAAGUUUACCUUUAGAAGACUGUAUCAUUUUUUCUCAAACUGUAAAAGCAGAUGAUUUUUACUUCAGUUCAACAAAGGUAAACAUGAGUUUUGUGGGAAAGGACUUUGAAAUUCUGCUACAUUGUUUUCUUCUAGCUUGUAGAUUUUUUUUAGAUUAGCAAUAUCUUAUUUGUAGACUCAGCAAUUUAUUUUUCUUUUGAAGGAAGAAAGUUUUAACUCUUCUGUUGGCAUUCACUGAUUUUAGUUACAUGUUCAUAGAGAUUUUGAUGAAAUGGUACAUUUGUAGUAAAUACAAAUGAGCUUUUCAGUUUUCCUUUGCUCUUUUAAUUUCUGCCUUGUGUGCGUACAUGCUAAGUCACUUCAGUCAUGUCUGACUCUGCAACCCUCUGGGCCAUAGCCCACCAGGCUCCUCUAUCCAUGGGAUUCUCCAGGCAGGAAUACUGGAGUGGGUUGCCAUGCUCUCCUCCAGGGAAUCUUCCCGACCCAGGGAUCAAACCUGUGUUUCUUGUGUAUCCUGCAUCAGCAGGCAGGUUCUUUACCACUAGCGCCACCUGGAAAGCCCAAUUUCUGCCUUAGGUAUAAGCAAAAUUUAUUUUCAUAUUUGAACUAAUUUAUUUAAGAUUUGUCUCUAAAAUUUCAACCUAAUCUCAGUUAAUGAGACUUCAAAAAUAGAAAUUGCUUUUCAAACUAGUGGAUUAUACUAGUUUGAAGGCUUUGUAUUUUCCCAUUAACAAGGGAAAAUGCUGAAUUUAUUCAAGAUGAUGCCAGAUAACCAGUUUUGCAGUUUAAAAAUUUGUUGAUGUUUUCAGUGCUCUAUUUACCUCAGAGGUAACUCUAAAGGGGGUUGGGGAGGGUAAUGAAAAUAAAAUCAAAAUCCUGAACAAAAAUCAUUUUAUGCUUCCUGCAAGAAAGAUACUCUGUAAAUUCAGGAGAUCUGAAUCAAAUUACUGAACAUUUUGGAAUUUGAAAGAAAUUACGAAUCUUAUGAUUCGAUCACAAGAGUAUUAUAGUGGCCAUAUUACAGUAAAGAUUAUAAAUGUCCUUGUUUAAUGUUUCCAUAAUUAAGGACAGCUUUUGUAUCUAAGAAAAUGUUUAUUGGGGGAAAAAAUUUUAAACUAGGUUUUUUAGAAUAGUCCUACAUUGUUGGCAAUUAAGGGACAACUAAAAGAAAAAAUGUAGAAUAUUUAAUGUCAUCAUGUAUUUCUUUGAUUAGGCAUAAAAUAUAAACAACUGCUUUUCCUUCAGAAUAUGGAUUUUUUUUUCAAUAUCUAAAAUUUACCUGGUCAGCCUAUAGGAUUUCCCAGUGAGACAAGUCAGUAUAAAUUAGGUGGAUUUUGCCCCUUUUAUACCUUCUGUUGUCUUUUUAUCACAUGAGAACCUAUUUUAAAAUACAUGAUUGAAUUUUUACUUCUUAAAAUUUUGAGUGUGGAAUUCUUUUAAACCUUUGAUAUGUUAGUGUAAAUUAGUACUUUUAUAAUACUACUAGGCUUUAUUUUUUUAUGGAACAUGAUUUAAAAAUUUUUGAAGUGUUAAUUUGGCAGUGCUUUAAAUCUCUUCAUUAUGUGCCAAUACUGACAAGAAAAAGUUUUUUUAGUGUAUUGAAUUCACUAUGUAUUCAAUAAAUUCUAUUUUAAAAUAAAA